UUUUCACUUUCCAAUAUUUCUGUCAUGGACCACAGAAAUGAGUUUUCUGAGACUCUUAGGAACAAAUGUGCAGCAUGCUAUAGGCAGUUCAACAAAAUGGAGCAUCUAGUUGAACACAUGAGGACAUCUUAUCAUUCAGUUCAUGAACCUAUGUGUUUGAUUUGUAGAAAACAUUGUCGAUCUUUUGAAUCUUUGAGAGAACAUCUCAUUGGGCCAUUGCCAAAGGCUGAGUGUGAGAAGAUUUUCAAGGAACGAGGAUGUGAUAUUUGUUUGACACUCCUUGCUAGCCGGAAUGCACUAAGGACUCACAAGGAAUCAUGUCAACUCUCACGCUCAAAUAAUGGUUUGCUCUAUCGUAUGACUAGGUUGGGAUUAGGUUUUCAAGAUGACCUAAAAAUUAGCAAUGGUCAAGGAAAAGUUGUUGCUCUUUCUUGCAAAAUGGUAGGUGGUGGCAACGAUGGCUCUCUUCAUCUUUGUGCAAGAGUUUGCCUAAUUGAUGAACAUGAAAGAAUCCUCUUUGAAUCCUAUGUUGCACCAAAUAUUCCCAUCACUAACUAUAGGUAA